CCCUACGCACCAGAAGCAGCUUCAUUCGACCGACCCUCUCUCUCACGCCGCCAUCAACUCUCUUCUUCCGCACAAUCAAUCGGAUGCGCACUAGAUCUGCUUCUUCCGCGGCAGGAACAAUGGAUUCCUCUUUGCACAUCGCUCCCAUAGACAUCGCUACCGCCUACUGCCACUCUCCCUCACGCCGUCGUCGUUGAGCUUCUCCUCUUCAUUCUCCUAUGCCUCCUUCUCCUCCUCCUCCUCCUUCUUCUUUUUGUUUCUUCUAUUUCUCCGUUUUUCUGGAUGUUGACAUUGAUUUUGCCAAUUUUUGGGUUUCUGUUUUCUAUUUACAAUUUCCGAUUUCUUAUUUUUUAAAUAAUUGCCAAUUUUCCAAAAUUUUGGAUGAUGUCUUCAGAUUUUGCCAAGUUUAUGACAAAAAUAUGUAUACUGACAAGUGAUUAUGGCAAAUUCCAUUUAUGUAAAAUGAUUUUUCUAAUUUUUUGUCAUUAGCUUCAUUUUCUAAAUUUCCUAUUGUGUUGACAUGCUUAUUCCAUUUUUUUUUAUUUUUUCAAAUAUUUGGAUACUCAAUUCAUAUUUUUACCAAAUUUAUGGCAUUUUUGUUUUAAUCUUCCAACAUAAAUCUGCCAUCUUUAUGGUAGAUCUAAAAACCUGCCAACUUAAUGGUGGCGGCGGCGAAGGAUGGUGGCGGAUCCAACAACGGAGGUGGCAGGCGGCGUUGGAGAGGGCGGCGGUAGGCGAUGCCGGUGAGGGCGGCGGCAGGCAGUGCCAGCAAGGGUGGCGGCGGGCGGCACCAAAGAGAGAGGUAGUGUGCGGCGGCGAGGGUGGCUCGUUUGUUACGAUUGAAAUUUAGGGUUUCAACAUUUUAAUUUUACAUUUUUAAUUAUUCAUUCAAAAGAAAUUGAGUAGGGACAUAUUUGUACAAGUAUGUGAUUUUAAGUCCUAUGAAACAUACAUUUCAUUUUUGGUCCUAUUUGUGCACAUGAAUCAUCUUUUAGUCCUAUUUAGGGAAUUAACUCAUUUCAAAAUUGAUGUGAUGCUCAUAUACUCAUAUAUGAUCAAAAAUGAGAUUUCUUACUAAAGCAUAAUAACUUUUAUUUAAGCC